AUGACUAUACCCAUUUAUCCAGUAUAUCGAGGUCCCUUCACGACUAUAGUGUCCAUUAGUAGCGGAAGGGUUAAGCCUCAACGUGAAUGUCUAUCUCAGGUUGAAAUAAAUAAUGCCUGUCCAUUAGUUAUAUCACCACCGAGCCAUUCGUAUGAUUUACGUGUUCACAGAGUUGGUGACCAGGUAGUCACCGCUGGUGUUGUAAUGGUCUGCAACGCGUGGGCAGCCGGAUCUAAGAACGGCGACGUGACUGAAAAUUGCACCGGGUGUGGGCUGCGAAACGUGGUCUUGUUGUUUGAUUUAGCGUUGACCUUCCGAUAUCACGAGGGAGGACCCACUUAUAACAUAUUUCAUUUUUCGUCGCGUCGCUCUAUUUUUGCGCCCACCGGUUUUCUAGCUGCUUUACCAGACGCGGUAGAUGUCUUUAUACCGUGGCGGAAAAGCCGCGGCACUUCAGGUAUCCGUCGUCCGUCGUGCGAGGUAUCCGUCAUCAUGGAGGAAGACGAGCAAAAGAUGGCCGUGAUGCGAAAGGCCUUCCAGAUGUUCGAUACUACGAAGAGUGGCCUUAUCGACAAUUUGAAAAUCUCCACGAUAUUGAACACGAUGGGUCAACUGUUCGAUGAUGCUGAAUUGAAUGCUUUGAUCGAGGAGAAUGAUCCAGAGGGAACCGGUAAAGUGAACUUUGAUGGAUUUUGCAGAAUCGCUGGUCGAUUCUUGGAGGAGGAGGAUUCUGAGGCUAUGCAAGAGGAACUGAAAGAAGCCUUUCGUUUGUACGAUCGCGAAGGGAAUGGAUACAUAACUACGGCUACCUUGAAGGAGAUUCUCGCUGCUCUGGAUGACAAACUGACCAGCGCGGAUCUUGAUGGUAUUAUUGCUGAAAUUGAUACCGAUGGAUCUGGUACAGUUGACUUUGAUGAAUUCAUGGAGAUGAUGACCGGAGAAUAAUUUUAAGCGACUGAAGAGCGACGUCGAAGACAGUAUAUUUAAAAUAUCGUUUUAAUAUUGUCCCCAAUAAUAGUGUACUA